CCUCCAAAAAUCCGGCACCGCCGCGGCCGAUGACCGGCGGCUCCACCCGACCCCGGCGCGUCGGAUCCUGAAGUGAAGCCGCCUCCGCGGGGCUCCGCGACCGGGCCGCGGGGAGGGACAGUUCAGGAAGCAAAAAAAAAAGCCUUAUUUAUUAUCAUUUUCCCCACUGUUGGCAUGGCAACACAGGCGUACGUUACGGAAUUACAGGCAGCUCAGCAACAGUCACAACAGCAACAGGCGCAGCAACAGCCGGCGGCGACAGCAACAACGGUGGCACCAGCAGCAGCCCAGCAACAAUAUGUAGCGGAAUUGCAAAGCACGCAGCAACAACCAGCCACUCAGAAACAGUAUGUCUCGGAAAUCCAGGCCCCACAACCGCAGGCUCAGGCCACGGGCCAACCAACUCCAACACCAGCCCCACAGCAGUAUAUCAUAGUCACGGUGUCCGAAGGUGCCAUGAGGCCCAGUGACUCCGUCUCUGAGUCCAGCCCGGGCUCGACGGCCACACAGUCUGGGGUGCCAACACAGGUGGUGCAGCAAGUCCAGGCCACGCAGCAGAGGCUGUUGGUUCAAGCCAGCGUGCAGGCUAAGCCACCUUCGGUAUCCCCCCUCCAGCUAACAGGUGUGCAAAUGCCGCAGCAGCGGCUGGUGGUGCAGAGUACUUCCCAGGCUAGCAAAGGGAGCCAAGUCUCGGUGACCGUGCACAGUGUUCAGCAGCAGGUCCAUUCUCCACCUGAGCACUCCCCUGUCCAGAGCAACAGCUCCACCGCCAAACCAGGACAAGUGCAGCAGCUUCAGGUGCAUGGAGUCCAGCAAGUGCCCGUCUCACAAGAGCGCUCGGUCGUGCAGACCAGCCCCCAGCCCCCGAAAUCGGGCACAGUACAACAGCUGACGGUGCAAGGACUCCAGCAGGUUCACGUCACUCAAGAGGUGCAGCAGCUGCAGCAGGUGCCCGUCCAGCAUGUCUAUCCCAACCAGGUGCAGUACGUGGAAGGGGGCGACGCCAGUUACACAGCAAGCACCAUACGUUCCAGCACUUACCCAUACACAGAGACCCCUCUCUAUACGCAGAACACAGGAGCUAAUUAUUAUGAAUCGCAAGCUACCCCGGCGCAGGUCACCACUCCUGCAACCUCUCAGACUGUGGCCAGCACUGGAUCCGUCCCUAUGUAUGUCUCCGGAGGGCAGAUCAUAGCCAAUCCAAGCGGAGGAGGUGGCGGAGGCGGCGGCGGAGGUGGUGGUGGUGGAACGGGAACCUAUGUGAUUCAGGGAGGAUACAUGUUAGGAAGCUCCAGUCAGUCUUACUCCCAUACCACACGUGCCUCUCCAGCAACCGUCCAGUGGCUGCUGGAUAACUACGAGACGGCCGAGGGCGUGAGCCUGCCGCGCAGCACCCUCUACUGCCAUUACCUGCUGCACUGCCAGGAGCAGAAACUGGAGCCAGUAAACGCAGCGUCUUUCGGCAAGCUGAUCCGAUCUGUGUUCAUGGGACUCCGCACCCGCAGGCUUGGCACACGAGGGAACUCCAAGUACCACUACUACGGCCUUCGCAUCAAAGCCACCUCGCCACUGCUGCGCCUGAUGGAGGAUCAGCAGCACCUGGCUAUGAGGCAGCAGCCCUUCUCCCAGAAGCAGAGACUCAAGCCCAUUCAGAAGAUGGAGGGGAUGACCAACGGGGCGGCGGCGGGCCAGCAGCCGGGCUCCGGGCUGUCUGACAUCAGUGCUCAAGUGCAGCAAUAUCAGCAGUUCCUGGAUGCGUCACGGACCCUCUCCGAGUUCUCCGAAAUAGACCUACAAGGGAAACCUCUGCCCGAUGGCAUUGGGGCAGAGGAUGUGAAGGCCUUCCAGCUGCUCUACCGAGAGCAUUGUGAGGCCAUCGUGGACGUGAUGAUAAACCUGCAGUUCACUCUGGUGGAGACCUUGUGGAAGACCUUCUGGAGGUACAACUUGAAUCAGCCCAGUGAAGCCACCCCCAUAGCAGUUCACGAUGAAGCAGAGAAGCGUCUCCCAAAGAACUGCCUGGUGAUACUGUCCAAAUACGAACCUGUCCUGAAAUGGACAAAGGACUGUGACAACAUGCUGUACCAGGGGCUGGUGGAGAUCCUCAUCCCCGACGUUCUCCGGCCCAUUCCCAGUGCCUUGACGCAAGCGAUCCGAAAUUUUGCAAAGAGUCUGGAAAACUGGUUAACCAACGCAAUGAUGAAUAUUCCUGAAGAGAUGGUCCGAGUGAAGGUGGCAGCAGCAAGUGCCUUUGCCCAGACUCUGCGGCGAUACACCUCCCUGAAUCACCUUGCCCAGGCCGCCCGGGCUGUAUUACAGAAUACGGCCCAGAUCAACCAGAUGCUGAGCGACCUCAAUCGGGUAGACUUUGCAAACGUCCAGGAGCAGGCCUCAUGGGUAUGCCGCUGUGAGGACCGGGUGGUGCAGCGCCUGGAGCAGGAUUUCAAGCUGACCCUGCAGCAGCAGAACUCCCUGGAGCAGUGGGCGGUAUGGCUGGACGGGGUGGUCACCCAGGUCCUCAAGCCCCACCAGGGCAGCUCCAGCUUCCCCAAGGCCGCCAAGCUUUUCCUCCUCAAGUGGUCCUUCUACAGCUCCAUGGUAAUCCGGGAUCUGACCCUGAGGAGCGCCGCCAGCUUCGGCUCCUUCCAUCUCAUCCGGCUCCUCUACGACGAGUACAUGUACUACCUGAUAGAGCACCGAGUGGCCCAGGCCAAGGGAGAGACCCCCAUCGCUGUCAUGGGAGAGUUUGCUAACCUGACGAGCUCCUUGAAUUCUCUGGACGCAGACAAAGAUGAGGAGGAGGAGGAAGAGGAGGAGAGCGACGACGAGAUGCAGCAGGAGAUUUCCCUCAACUCCAAUGACUCCACCAGCCUGACAGCCGAGCCCCUGGAACCCCCCUCCAAGCUCUCACGGACGGACUCCAGGGGGAUCUUUGUGCAAGCCCUGCCUUCCAGCUAGAGGCCAGAGAGACGCCUGCGUGGGCCUGGAGUCAGAACCACCCAGCCAGAGCCGAGUCCUGUGUCCAGUUCCUCCCGGCUGCUGCCUAGCGAUAAAGAUGAGCUAUUCCUUAUC